GCGGACUUGUUGAGACUUGCAAAAUGGAAGAGAAAGGAGCUUUCCAUGUAGAGCUCCGAGGAACGCUGGAAGGAUUUAAUCCUGUGUAAUUCCUUCCACAGGAACAUUUUCCAUAGAGAAAAGCACACUUAACUGUAGUUCAAUAAUAACGGAUCCAUACAACGUAAUAAAAUAAGAAUUGCAUGUUCUUAUUUUUCAAUUUCGAGUUGUCUUGAUGCUUAGAAAAGUGAAACUAGUGAAUGAAUUCCAGAAAUACCGACUAAUCUCAAGAGUAUACAGAAGGUUCAUUCAGUGGGAACUAAUGUUAAAAUUUACCAUCCUCUUAGGGACGAAAAGAAACUACAUCUUUCUGAGUCCUCAUUCUCUAACAGUUGAAUUUGCCUCCUCAUCUUGUCCCAAAUGCGCCUCGGGAGCCGCGGGUUACCGUUCGGACAUGGCCAAGUCCAAGAACCACACCACACACAACCAAUCUCGAAAAUGGCUCCGAAAUGGUAUCAAGAAACCCCGGUCACAAAGAUACGAAUCUCUUAAGGGGGUGGACCCCAAGUUCCUGAGGAACAUGCGCUUUGCCAAGAAGCACAACAAGAAAGGCCUGAAGAAGAUGCAGGCCAACAACGCAAAGGCAGUGAGUGCGCGUGCAGAGGCCAUCAAGGCCCUGGUGAAGCCCAAGGCGGUGAAGCCCAAGAUGGCAAAGGGCCCCAGCGGCAAGCUCAGCCUUCUCGCUUUCAUCGCUCACCCCAAGCUCAGGAAGCAGAUUAGAAGCUACAUGGCCAAGGGUUGUAGGCUCUGCCAACCAAAGCCCAAGGCUCAAACCAAGGCAGAGGCCUCAGCUCCAGCUCAGGCUCCCAAAGGUGCCCAGGCCCCUGUGAAGGCCCCAUAGAAAAGGUUUCUGUCUGCCAGACAGAUGGACUGGUGUGACACACCUACACACUAUUUGGAGAUGAUCAGGACCCCAUGCUGUUUUUACAAAUAAACUUGAGGCAGGAUCUGUUAAAAAAAAA